CGCAUCGUGCCAUCGUUCCUCGGAAAUGUUCAUAGCGUGGUAGUCUCCUUCCAGAAUUUUCAUUUUAUGGCCGCAUAGAUCAUCCUAUUAACAAAAUUCUAGGUCCGAGUGAAAAAAUGGCGAAAAUCACGCCAUCCGAUGAUCACAUCGUUUCGAAUUCGAAUUUGACUCCACGUAAGACUGAGGCCACAACAGCAGGUGCUGUAGUUUUAUACGUAUCACAAGAGGCUUGGUUGAAGUCCAUAUUAGAUCGUAACUUACCCCGAGAUGCGGAGUCGUCCGAUGAAGAGGACAUCAAUGAUUAUCAAUUUGAGGAUGAUCUUGAUUAUUUGAGAUCAUUAGAUCCAAAAGAAUGGAAAGAUCAGGAUCACUAUGCAGUCCUUGGAAUUACGAAGCUCAGAAAUAGAGCUACCGAGGAUAUUAUUAAGAAGGCUUAUAAGCACAAAAUUUUGAAGCACCAUCCGGACAAGCGUAAAGCAAUGGGUGAAGAUGUUCGACCUGACGAUGAUUAUUUCACCUGUAUAACCCGUGCUUGGGAAACAUUAGGAAACACUCUUAAACGACGAAGUUACGACAGCAUCGAUCCCUAUUUUAACGAUGAUUUGCCAGACGAAAAGGAGGCCAAAGAAAAUUUCUACGCAGUGAUGGGCAAAGCAUUCAAAAUGAAUUCUAGAUGGUCUGUAAAAAAGAAUGUACCACGACUGGGAAAUCCUCAUACACCGAGAGCGAUGGUGGAAAAGUUUUACUCGUUUUGGUACGAUUUCGAAUCCUGGCGAGAAUAUUCUUACCUCGAUGAAGAGGACAAGGAAUCUGGUCAAGACCGGGACAUGCGCAAGUGGAUCGAGAAGAAGAACAAGGCGACAAGGGCUAAGCGAAAGAAGGAAGAAAUGACGAGAAUACGUACAUUGGUCGACAUGGCUUAUAACUUAGACCCUAGAAUAAAGAUGUUUCAACAAGCGGACAAGGACCGAAAGACUGCAGUCAAGCGUGCAAAGCAAGAGGCCGUGAAGGCUCGACAAUUGGAAGAAGAAAGGGUUGCAAGAGAAACUGCCGAAAAAGAAAAGCAAGAGAGAGAACAGCGCGAAUCUGAGCAAAAAGCCAAGCAAGAGGCAAUGAAGCAGGCACGUGAGAUCCAGAAAAAAGCCUUGCGUAAAGAGAGAAAGGCCCUCCGAGACUUUUGCAAAGCUAGAAAUUAUUUCGCCGAAGAUACAGAGGAAAGCAUACGUCACAUGGAAAGCGUUGAAAAAAUGUGCGAGCUUUUUAAAUUGACUCAGCUGGAAGAGACGAUGAAAAAAUUGCAUUCCGAAGGCAAGAGCGGCUUUCUGAGCAUCAUAGAGGAGACUGAGCAGAAAAUGCAUGCUGAGCGUAGAAUUGGUGUUGGUACCGAAACUAAAAACAAUCCCGAGAAGCAGGUGAAAACUUGCACAGCGCCUUGGUCGGAAGGUGAUUUACAACUUUUGAUCAAAGCUGUGAAUCUUUUCCCGGCGGGGACGAAUCAGCGUUGGGAAGUCGUUGCCAAUUUUAUUAAUCAACAUAGCAGCGGGGCCAACGCUGCCAAGCGCGAUGCCAAGGAAGUUUUAGCAAAAGCAAAGGACUUGCAGUCAACAGAUUUUAGUAAAUCGAGUAUGAAGGAACAAGCCAACCGGAAGGCUUUCGAUAAUUUCAUUGCUGAUAAGAAAUCCAAAGAUAUUGACGAGAAAAUGCCAGCGGUGACUGAGCGAUUGGACCCGAUAUCAAAUGGAACCGCGAUCGAGGAGAAGGAUUCUAAAAAGGAAAUGCAACCAUGGACAGUUGCGGAACAAAAGCUCUUAGAGCAGGCUCUCAAAACUUUUCCGACAACUGUUCCUGACAGAUGGGAUCAGAUAGCGAGCUGUAUACCUUCCAGAACGAAGAAGGAAUGCAUGAAGAGAUGCAAGGAACUAGUAGAACUUGUGAAGGCGAAGAAAGCUGCUCAAGAUUUAAAAUAAUGUUGAUUUAUAUUUAAUUUGAAAUUGUCCUAUAACUUAUGAAAUAUCAACAUGAGGCAUUGUCGAUAGAAAUCGUUUUCUCCUAGCGAGUAAUAAGGUUUACUGUGAUCAAAAACUGCGAAUGAAUCGCAAUUCGAUGACUUCUUCAAUGCCGUAGACGAUCUUCCACGUUAGGGCGGAGUGAAAAAAUUAAUUUUUUGAAAUCUCUUUUUGGUUAAUUUGAAAAAGAUUGCGCUUCAUUAGAUGAUAUACAAUUUGGUUAUCCAGAUGAGGCGCCACUACCAUUUUCACAUUGUCCAACAACCGAUUUCAAAGAAUAAUUUAUUUGUCGCCCUAUUCCAUGUGAGUAUGAUGAAACUUAAGUAAUAUGCAUAUAUAUUCGCUUCUCUCGACUCAGGAUCGUGGAACGUCCUAUUGAAUAAAUUGUACUUUAUCCGUCAAAAGUCUUGGGCAAAUAGAAAAGAUUGACGUUAGAAGUAAUAAUUUUUUAAAUGGUUCCGAAUAAAGUAUGCGCUCGUCUGAAAAUGUGAUAAAAAUUGACACCAAAUAUUUUCUUUCUUACUCUCAUUAAUUUUUGACCAGUUAUCAUGGUAAGACUUUUGACCGAUAAUCUGCAUUUCGUACAUUUAAUCGUACAAGAGAAAAUUUAUAAUUUGCUUCCGGUUAUAAUUGACGUGAGGUUAUUAAUUACACGAGGUUAUAAUUAAAGGCAUGGGUUAAUUAUUUGUCUUCUACUUUAGUUUUCGCUCCUUUUACAAGGAACAUGUAAAAUAAAUGAUUAAAAUAAGAACCUAACAAUCUCAGAAAGUGGGGAACCUUUGAAUGGAAUCGUAUGUUUUUUUUUUAUAUUAAACAAAUAAUACACAUAAUUAAGAUUUGAAAUCCUUAUAUUUUAAUUUGACACAUUUUCGACAACAACAUCAACAACAACAAGUUUUGUGUUAGUUUUUCGUACUCGACAAAAUGCUGUUCACAGUUCCUUCUGCGUAUUCCCGAAACGAUGUAAAUUUAAAUACAGUAAAAAUAUCAUUAACUGAGG